AUGGGCUCUGCUCUGCAACGUCGUUGGAUAAUACUCCAACUGCUGAUGCAGGUGUGGCUAGCAGCAAGUCCGGCUCAAACAGAGCGUCCAUGCCCGAAAAGCUGCCGCUGCGAUGGAAAAAUUGUGUACUGUGAGUCGAGUGCAUUUCGCGAUGUCCCCAAGAACCUGUCGGGCGGUUGCGAAGGCCUGUCGUUGAGGUACAACAGCCUCGUCAACCUUCGGGCCGGCCAGUUUGUCGGCUUGAACCACCUCAUCUGGCUUUACUUAGACCAUAAUUACAUCACAACUGUGGAUGGGAUGGCGUUCCAGGGAGUUCGCAGGCUAAAAGAACUGAUCUUGAGCUCCAACAAGAUCACUUCCCUUCUCAACACCACAUUCCAUCCCGUACCCAAUUUGCGCAACCUUGAUCUGUCGUACAACAAACUGGAAGUGUUGCAGCCGGGGCAAUUUCAAGGACUACGGAAGCUUCUCAGUCUUCACGUACGUUCCAAUUCCCUAAAGAUCCUUCCGCUGCGUCUCUUCCAAGACUGCAGAAAUCUCGAGUUUAUUGAUCUGGGUUACAACCGCUUGCGCAGUAUCAGUCGGAAUGCACUCUCCGGCCUAGUCAAGCUCACCGAGUUACACCUGGAACAUAACCAAUUCUCAAAGAUCAAUUUUUCACACUUCCCCCGUCUCUACAAUUUGCGAUCACUUUACCUACAGUGGAAUCGCAUUCGCUCCAUGAGCCAAGGCCUAACCUGGAUUUGGGCGUCGGUCCAAAAACUUGAUUUAUCUGGGAAUGAUCUGUCAGAAUUAGAUGCUGCUAUUUACCAGUAUUUACCCAACCUGCAAACCCUCAAUUUGGACUCCAACAAGUUGACCAAUGUGUCCCAAGAGGUGGUCGAUGCCUGGGUCUCUGUCACUACAAUUAGCUUGGCUGGAAAUGUUUGGGACUGCGGUCCAGCCAUUUGUCCUUUGGUUUCUUGGCUGCGAAAAUUCAGGGGCGCAAAGGAAACCACUAUGAUCUGCGCCUCCCCAAAGAAAGCCCAAGGUGAGAAAGUGAUGGAUGCCGUCGAAGGUUUCGGGGUGUGUCAACUGAACCAAGUGACGAUGCUCACCGCGAGCAUUCCACCCACUCCAUCCAACAUCUCCGCGCAGCCCGAACAUCACCCGGCAAUUCUGGUUUCACCUACUCGCUCCGGAAAGAGAGCUGAAGGCUCUAUCAGGGGUCCGACUUCAUCAGCGGUGACCCAGUCAGUGGCACUACCUCCAGAUCAAGAUUUGGAGCCCGUGUCCUUUCACAAGAUCGUUGCAGGAAGUGUCGCCCUUUUUCUCUCCGUUGCGAUGAUCCUACUCGUGAUCUACGUGUCGUGGAAACGCUACCCCAGCAGCGUCAAGCAACUGCAGGAGAACUCCUCGACGGCCCGUAAGCGGCGCAAGAAGUCAAAGGAAACCGAGCGCACCUUGAGCUCUCCCCUGCAGGAGUACUAUGUGGACUAUAAACCCAACAAUUCAGAAGCCAUGGAUGUGCUUGUCAAUGGGACCGGAACCUGCACUUACACCAUCUCAGGCUCCCGAGAAUGUGAGGUUCCUCAUCAGAUGGGCGCUCUGACCUUCUACCGAUACGAGCAGCCGAUUGUAGACUACUGCCAAGCCCACCAACCCCUGCGGCUAAACAUGGGCUACGAGGGCCCCCCUCAAGGUCUUGAGGGCCUGGAAGACCUGGGGCCUUGCGAGAGGGGCACUAUACAGACAGUGGCGCUCCCGGCCGUGCCCACCGCCGCCGUCAUCGGGCCAUCGGUACCGGGGCCUCGUUCUCCUCCUCCGUCGGCGCUCAGGCCGACCGCCGAAGGUCCGGGCGCCGGCGGACUUCCCUCCGAGCGCACCGGCACGCUUAAAUUUGGACGCUAG